AGCCACAUCUCUCACAAGCCAAUCGAUUAACAGACGACUCGGUCUAGAACUCGAGCUAGAACUCGUGUAACUUUGUAUAAACGACACCAGGAUCAAGUAGCCAAGGCGGGAAAAUAGGGCUUUUCAGGUCUGCGGCUAAACAUUGUGGCGGACAACUGCCGACAGCUUUUGACGCUUCCGCCCGUCAAAUCAACCGCUUUUGUUCAAAGAUGAGACGGAAUGUCUGCUUCCGUUGGGUGCCUCGGCAGAUCAGACCGAGUGCAACAACAGAUUUCAACGCACUGCAGCAAAGCGAGAUUAUCGAUAGGCCUUACAGCCCACUCAAGGGGGAAAAAAUUGGAAGAGAAGAGACGUCGUGGGAUUGUUAAUAUCCGAGCCUCAAUGCUGUGCUCGUCCAACACCCUGGAUCUAUUAGCUGGUGGCGCUUGACUAUGGUCCGGCUGACCAAGUAUUUGAUCUAGUCGGUCCUUGCAUGCUCAGCUAUGAGCCCACAAAACAGCCUUGAAGUAUUGUUUUCUGUGGCGUUCAAUUGACAGCCCCCAGAACGUGGACGCCAGAAACUCGGGAUUUCGAGGCGGCUUGGCUUGUGGCUGUCGAGCACCGAGUAUAAUGCCAGUAAACAAUAAAUAGAGGACGAGGACACGACGCGGACGCUAGGAGGAGGCUGAGACAUGGCAAUGUGCAAAUUUUCCACAGCCGUGCCAACGGAGAUGAAACACCUGGAUUCGUCUGAUGCCGAUAUGCAUGUAGGGUCCAAUGCCCGAGCAACAACUUGGACCUUGAUUGCUUGAGACACAAGAGAGACACAGCGCUUGACGCCGUUCCAAGGAAUUGCAAAGGCUAGCUAGGAUGUAUCGGCCCUAAUACCCUAACGACACGGAGUUGGUUAGCAUUAGGUAGCGGCUGGAACGUGCAUCGCCAAAAGCAGGCCAGCCCGGCGCCCGUCAAUCAUUGCCAACUCAGCUGGAGAAUAGCCGGCCUCUGGGUUAUGAUAUUCACGUCUAUACGAAGAUGGCGAAGACCAUCAGGUGAGCGGUAGUAUGUGCUCGUAAGCGUGAGCCGAGCAGCAUCAGGUAUAGUGCUUGUACAGGCAGGCUGUGGUCAUCUUCGCCACGCUGAUCUGCCAAGCGGUUGACGACUCGUGCGGAGCACAGGGGAAUGUCAAGAAGACGUACGAGCACAGUACGUUGCACAAGAGCAGCCCGGGUUAGACGGGAUAUGAAUCAAUCAAUGCAGCCUCCCAGAUCGUACCUGUAUCCGGUGGCC